AUGUUGCGGUUUCAGCGAUUUGCGUCCUCGUAUGCCCAAGCACAGGCCGUUAGAAAAUAUCCAGUUGGAGGUAUAUUCCAUGGUUAUGAAGUGAGAAGAAUUCUACCGGUUCCGGAGCUGAGACUCACUGCGGUAGAUUUGGUGCACUCCCAGACAGGAGCCGAGCAUUUGCAUAUUGAUAGAGACGACAAGAAUAAUGUGUUCAGCAUUGCUUUUAAAACCAACCCUCCAGAUUCCACUGGGGUCCCUCAUAUUCUAGAGCAUACAACGUUGUGUGGGUCUGUUAAAUAUCCAGUUAGGGACCCUUUUUUCAAAAUGCUAAAUAAAUCUCUAGCUAAUUUCAUGAACGCUAUGACAGGUCCAGAUUAUACAUUUUUUCCCUUUUCCACUACGAACCCUCAAGAUUUCGCUAAUUUAAGAGGUGUUUAUUUAGACUCCACCUUGAAUCCGCUACUUAAACAAGAAGAUUUUGAUCAGGAGGGUUGGAGGUUGGAGCAUAAAAACAUCACAGACCCGGAGAGUAACAUUGUUUUCAAAGGUGUUGUCUAUAACGAAAUGAAAGGUCAAAUAUCAAAUGCCAAUUACUAUUUCUGGAGUAAAUUUCAACAGUCUAUUUAUCCUUCCCUGAAUAACUCCGGCGGAGAUCCUAUGAAAAUUACAGACUUGAGAUACGGCGAUCUCUUGGAUUUCCAUCACAAAAAUUACCAUCCCUCCAAUGCAAAAACUUUCACGUACGGUAACUUGCCAUUGGUGGAUACGUUAAAGCAAUUAAAUGAGCAGUUCAGUGGUUACGGGAAGAGAGCUCGAAAGGAUAAGUUGUUAAUGCCUAUUGAUUUAAAAAAAGACAUAGAUGUCAAGUUACUGGGUCAAAUAGAUACUAUGCUUCCACCGGAGAAGCAGACAAAAGCCUCAAUGACGUGGAUUUGUGGAGCGCCACAGGACACAUAUGAUACCUUUUUGUUAAAAGUACUGGGGAAUUUAUUAAUGGAUGGCCAUUCUUCUGUAAUGUAUCAAAAAUUAAUAGAAUCAGGAAUUGGUUUGGAGUUCUCCGUAAAUUCAGGUGUUGAACCAACUACAGCAGUAAAUUUGCUAACUGUUGGUAUACAGGGCGUGAGUGAUAUUGAAAUAUUUAAAGACACUGUAAAUAAUAUUUUUCAAAACCUGUUGGAAACAGAACAUCCUUUUGACCGCAAGCGUAUCGAUGCCAUAAUUGAACAAUUGGAAUUAUCUAAGAAGGAUCAAAAGGCUGACUUUGGACUUCAAUUACUCUAUUCUAUACUACCUGGUUGGACAAACAAAAUCGAUCCUUUUGAGAGCUUGUUGUUUGAGGACGUUUUGCAAAGAUUUAGAGGUGACUUAGAAACGAAAGGUGAUACUUUAUUCCAAGAUUUAAUCCGUAAAUAUAUCGUUCAUAAACCUUGUUUCACGUUUUCCAUUCAGGGAUCUGAAGAGUUCUCUAAAUCUUUGGAUGAUGAAGAACAAACAAGACUGAGAGAAAAAAUUACUGCCUUGGAUGAACAAGACAAGAAAAACAUCUUUAAACGUGGUAUACUGUUACAGGAGAAACAAAAUGAAAAAGAAGAUUUAUCCUGUUUACCUACCUUACAAAUAAAAGACAUCCCAAGAGCUGGUGAUAAAUAUUCAAUCGAACAGAAGAAUAAUACAAUGUCUAGGAUUACUGAUACCAAUGGUAUCACAUAUGUCAGAGGUAAACGUUUACUAAAUGACAUAAUACCCUUUGAACUCUUCCCAUACUUACCUUUAUUUGCUGAAUCGUUAACUAACCUAGGGACAACAACAGAAUCCUUCAGUGAAAUAGAAGAUCAGAUAAAAUUACAUACGGGUGGUAUAUCAACACAUGUAGAGGUUACAUCUGACCCUAACACCACAGAGCCUCGCCUGAUUUUCGGGUUUGACGGAUGGUCUUUAAAUUCGAAGACCGACCACAUUUUUGAAUUCUGGUCUAAGAUCUUACUAGAAACUGAUUUCCAUAAAAACAGCGAUAAAUUGAAAGUUCUUAUCCGCUUAUUAGCAUCUUCAAACACAUCUUCUGUAGCAGAUGCCGGUCAUGCAUUUGCAAGGGGCUAUUCUGCCGCACAUUAUAGAUCAAGUGGAGCUAUAAAUGAGACCCUCAAUGGUAUUGAGCAACUACAAUUUAUAAAUAGAUUGCACAGCUUGUUAGACAAUGAAGAAACUUUCCAAAGAGAAGUUGUCGACAAGCUAACUGAAUUGCAAAAGUACAUUGUUGAUACCAAUAACAUGAAUUUUUUUAUCACCUCAGACUCUGAUGUUCAAGCGAAAACAGUAGAAAGCCAAAUUUCAAAAUUCAUGGAGAGAUUACCUCAUGGCAGCUGCUUGCCCAAUGGACCAAAGACUUCAGAUUAUCCUCUUAUUGGAUCCAAAUGUAAACAUACUUUGAUAAAAUUUCCUUUCCAGGUCCAUUACACAUCCCAAGCUUUAUUGGGUGUGCCGUAUACACAUAAGGAUGGCUCUGCACUUCAAGUUAUGUCAAAUAUGCUAACAUUCAAACAUUUGCACAGAGAAGUCAGAGAAAAGGGUGGUGCUUAUGGUGGUGGUGCUUCUUAUAGCGCCUUAGCGGGUAUUUUCAGUUUCUAUUCCUAUAGGGAUCCUCAGCCUUUGAAGAGUUUAGAAACCUUCAAGAAUAGCGGGCGUUAUAUACUGAACGAUGCCAAGUGGGGCGUCACAGACCUUGAUGAAGCUAAAUUGACAAUAUUUCAACAAGUAGACGCACCUAAAAGUCCCAAAGGAGAAGGCGUGACGUAUUUCAUGAGCGGUGUUACAGACGAUAUGAAACAAGCAAGAAGGGAACAACUCUUAGACGUAUCUCUCCUGGACGUUCAUAGAGUCGCCGAAAAAUAUCUACUAAACAAAGAAGGGGUGAGUACGGUCAUUGGACCUGGAAUCGAGGGGAAGACUGUUUCACCAAAUUGGGAGGUGAAGGAACUGUAG